UUAGACAGAUAGGGUUUUGGCAAAGUGUAUGUUAAAUCCUGCAACCUCACUUUGGUUCUUUUUUCUCUCGCUGGCUGGCUGCAAUUGUACCGCCGUUGCCGUGUCUGCAUUACAUCGGUGAUAUAUCGGAACCCUAGACUCCACAGCCGAAAAUCAUGGGUAUUUCACGGGACUCGAUGCACAAGAGGCGUGCCACUGGAGGAAAGAAGAAGGCUUGGAGGAAGAAGAGAAAGUAUGAGCUCGGAAGACAACCCGCAAAUACAAAGUUGUCGAGCAACAAGACAGUGCGCAGGGUCAGAGUUCGAGGAGGUAAUGUGAAAUGGCGGGCCUUGAGGUUGGAUACAGGAAACUUCUCUUGGGGGAGUGAAGCUGUAACAAGAAAGACUCGUAUUCUGGAUGUCGUUUAUAAUGCAUCAAAUAAUGAAUUGGUUAGGACCCAGACUUUAGUGAAAGGUGCUAUCAUUCAAGUGGAUGCUGCACCCUUCAAGCAGUGGUAUCUUCAACAUUAUGGAGUGGACAUUGGUCGCAAGAAGAAGACUGCUGCCAAGAAGGAAGGAGAAGAGACUGAGGCUGCCGGUACUGAAGAGGUAAAGAAGAGCAACCAUGUCCAGAGAAAACUAGAAAAGCGUCAACAGGAUCGCAAGAUUGACCAACAUAUUGAGGAGCAAUUUGGUGGUGGUCGUUUGUUAGCCGCAAUCUCCUCUCGUCCUGGCCAGUGUGGGCGUGCUGAUGGGUACAUUUUGGAGGGUAAGGAGUUGGAGUUCUACAUGAAGAAACUUCAGAGGAAGAAGGGAAAGGGCGCUGGCGGUGCUUAAAUUUUGUCCCAAGCUUACCAAAAUUUCCAAUCCCAGAGAAUGCUUUCUUUUAUCUUAUCUUCUCCUUUUUGUCCUAUGUUGGGAACAAAAUGAGCAUCUUAGAGUCCAUUGAACUUUUCAAUUAUAUCAUACUUUUGAUUUCAUGAGGAGAAUUAUAUUGAAGUUUUUGCUUUUGCUGAUUGCUUUGA